AUGACUUCAACAUCGAUCAACGUUGGUAUUGGUGAGGGUACAAGGGUGUCUAGUCGGGUACUACGCCCUCCAGGCGGUGGGCACACAGACAUCUUUAGCGGGGAGCCUGAACCUCCACGAGGAAGACGUCUGGUUCCUGCUGCCUCUGGUGCUAUGUUUGGUCACGGUGACGAUACUAAAUCAAUAAUAGGUGCUCAAACUCCAACCCAAAACGGAGCUUCCGUAACUUCGGAACCCGCACCACAGCCUGAAGUGCCUCAACCUGCAGCGCCACAACCUGCACAAUUCGAACCUGGUCUGGCAACUGAACCUGUUGUGGUUGCUGAACCUGUUGUUGCUAACCCAGCCACGGCAUCGAAGCCUGCUACUCCAGCGGUGACCCCUACUGAACAGACUAAAGCUGAACCCCCUAAAAGAGUCCGCGUUCCCCCCGGCGGCUUUUCUUCAGGCCUUUGGUAA